GCGGUGUUAACUUAUAUUACUGAGUGAGUUUGGAUUUGUACCGAUGUGUUUUGAAAUAUAAUACAAAAUAGCUAACAGUUACAUUUAACAUCUAGCGUAUAUUUUAACAAAACAACUAGAAAGAGUCGCGGCUGGAUCACGUUUGACACCGCAGCGCUAAGGAGCAGAAAUGGACACUAGUUUGUACAAAUACCUCGUCGGGCGAUCUGUAAACAUAAGUCGCAGUGAUGGUCGCAUCCAUUUGGCCACCGUCAAAACCGCUGAUACUGCCAAGUGCACUGCUAUGGUGGAGUGGCAGGAGAAAGGCAGCUACAGGGGCAAAGAAGUUGAAGUUAGCGAAUUGUGUGCUCUUAACCCCGAAUUGUUAGAAAUUGAAGCUGAAAACAAGAAGGCUCUAUCUUCUGCUCCAGAUAAGAAGUAUGAGGGUCGCUUGCGGUCAUCCAGGAUCCCAGCUCCUGCCUCUUCUUCUCUUUCUGCAAAACCCUCUGCUCCUGCAGUGGUCAAAGUUGAAGAGGAAGUUAGGACUCAGGCCAGACAGACCUGUCAUUUUCAGGCCACAGCCCCUUCUACAACAUUGGCCUCAAAUACUGGCUCAUCCUUUAAAUCUGAGCUGUCAGCUGCUGGUGGCACAGUAAAUGCAGCCAGUUGUAACCAGCGUCGUAAAAAGAAUGAAACUAAGCCAAUGACUUCAUUGGCUGAAGCUCGUGAGGCUGUAAAAGAAAAUGAUGAACCUCCCCAGCCUGCCAAAGGUAGAAGAAAAAGUGUAGCUCCCCAAGAACUAAACAAGGCCAAUAAACGUAUGUCUUGUGUUGUUAAGCCACCUGAAAUGCAACCAAAAAGAGGAAAGUUUGGAGAACCAACUAGGCCCAAUCAAAAAUUCUACGAAAUGAUCCAAGAAUUCAGAGAAACUUUGGAAAUAACUCCAAUGUCACCCUCUGAAGUGAUUGAGUCUCACAGGAUUUGCGUCUGUGUUCGCAAAAGGCCUCUGAACAAACAAGAGAUGAAUAAAAAGGAGAUAGAUGUUGUGUCUGUACCAGGCAAAGGAGCUCUUUUGGUCCAUGAGCCAAAACAGAAAGUGGAUCUCACCAAAUAUUUGGACAACCAAGUCUUCCAAUUUGAUUAUUCUUUUGAUGAGAGUGCUACCAAUGACCUGGUUUACAAGUUUACAGCUAAACCUUUGGUUAAGUCCAUAUUUGAAGGAGGUAUGGCAACAUGUUUUGCAUAUGGUCAGACUGGAAGUGGAAAGACUCAUACAAUGGGAGGAGACUUCUCCGGCAAGCAGCAAAACUGUGCUGAAGGAAUCUAUGCUUUUGCGUCUCGGGAUGUCUUUGCUUAUCUCAACCACUGGAGAAACACAGAUCUGGACGUGUGUGUUUAUGUGAGCUUCUUUGAGAUCUACAAUGGCAAAGUGUAUGACCUGCUGAACAAAAAGGCAAAGCUUAGAGUAUUAGAAGAUGAACGGCAGCAGGUCCAGGUGGUGGGACUGGAAGAAGUUUACGUGAACUCAGCUGAUGAAGUCAUCAAACUGAUACAGGCGGGCAGUGCGUGCAGAACAUCAGGGCAGACAUCAGCCAAUGCGAACUCCUCUCGGUCUCACGCCAUCCUUCAGAUUACCCUACGUCGUAAUGAUCGACAAUACACACUGCAUGGCAAGUUUUCUCUGGUGGAUUUGGCUGGUAAUGAGCGUGGUACAGAUGUCAGCAGCAAUGACCGCAGCACUUUGGUUGAGACAGCAGAGAUCAAUCGCAGUCUCUUGGCUCUCAAGGAGUGCAUUCGUUCGCUUGGAAAAAACAGUGAUCACAUUCCUUUUCGAAUGAGCACUUUGACCAAGGUCCUCAGGGAUUCCUUCAUUGGGGAGAAGUCCAGAACCUGCAUGAUUGCCAUGGUGUCUCCAAGCAUGGCCUCCUGUGAAUAUACAAUGAACACACUUCGAUAUGCAGACAGGGUAAAAGAACUAAAUGGAAAUUCCAAAUGCAGUGGCAUUGCAAAGGCCGGAGACUCUCCAGAUAGCUCAUCAGAGGAAUCUGCCAUUGAUACAAGUGUGUAUGAUGCUAUAUCCCAAGUAACGGAACUUGAAGAGAAGGUUUAUGUAGAGUUGCAGAAAGCAAGUGGUCUGGUUGUGGCCAUGCAGCAGACCUCCUAUAAUAUUGAUACAGGACUUCCCGACAUAAUGAGUUAUUCUCAGAAGUUGAUGGACACCGUUUUGGCGCUGAAAUCUGCCGUUGAUCAAGAAAGAAUGGCAAGGCUCAACCAUUGAACAGCUUUUAAUCACACUUUGUUUUAUCAGGUCUUGUUUAGUUAUAUUAACUUUUUUUUUUUUUUUUAUUAUUAACAUG